AUGAGGAUUAUUUCCCUUCCCACAUACUCAGCUUGGUGGCUGCUCGAGGAUGCUCAUUCAUUAUUUCAAACUAUCAAAAAUCGUGGAUGUACAAAUUGGGGAGGCAAGGCAAUGCUACAACUGCACAGACUAGUCUCAUCCGACGCAGAUGUCAUUGUCCAUAUAGAUUCCUUUGCGGCUGAAACUGGGGUAUCACGGUUCUUAGAGCUGCACAAAAACUGGAGAUAUGACAAACGUGAAGAUAUGAGCCCAACAAAUCAGGAUAUCAAGCUGUACACACAUCUAAUAAUGGAGGCAAACGUUACCAAAAUCCAACAACUCCAAGACACUCAUCAACCUCUCGCUUUCAUUGACGGCUACAGUAAAACAAUGCUGGAUUUGUUCCAUGUUCCACCGGUAAAUGUUCUGCUACAAAACAAGAUUGUGCUGAUGGAGCGGACCAAAGACAACUGA